GAGUAGUAUUUUGUUUGAUAGUGAGACCACAGUGACACUAUCUGCAGUAGGUAUGCGCUCAUCGUCAGUCAUACUCAUACAUAGCAACUUAUCUACUCGUUACAUUGGUUUCAUUGAGCAGUUUUAUUAUAGUGUCGUACAAUGGUGUCCUAAGCUAUCGGAAUCAUGUUGUGAUAAUUGUAAAGACUUCAUGUGUGACAGCAAAGCAUUUAUGACUCUGAAACGAUGAGUUUUUAACGUAUCGAUCGUGUUGCGUGAUUAAUUAUUCAGUAAAACCGGUUUAAUGCGAGUGUGAUACGCGAUAGUCAGUUGAGAGAAGACGUUGUUUACAAUGGCGUUUUCACUAAAUAAAUUAAAAAACAUUUUGAAUACAAACAGGGAUAGUCAGUUAGCCGGUAGUGGUAGUCUAGAGCCAGAGAUAGGUUUUAAAUUGGCCUUGCACCCAAUCAGUAAAAAUUUAUAUGUGACCGUUAUCGGCGCCCGGCACCUUCCGUCCUUGUUUGGGCUAAGUCGCGCCCAUGGAUACCUUGUAAAGGUUAAGGUGUUCCCUGGAGACAGCAGGUUUGAAACAACGUUACAGGAAAGCUCUUGGCCCGUUUGGAAUGAAGAUUUUAAAUUCGUGUUGAAACAAAAAGAUCCAAAGAAAAACACCGAAAAAACUGACCUUCAAAGUUUGCUCGCCGGACAUUUUUUGUCGCUGACUAUUUAUGCUAUAUUAGAACCUCCAAAACAAGAUUCAGAUAAACGCAAGAAUAGUAAAACGUUAGAUACAAAAAAAUCAGCUAAGGUGGCAGAACAGGAAGAGCCAAAACCCAAGACAGGAUUUCUAGAAAAGACUUUCAGCAGCUUUAAAUCCACAAAAGCCGAGGCGAUAGCGCAAAAGUCUAUAUUAGAAAAGCGAAGGACAGUGGGGGCUGCUACGUGGAACUUUGACUCCAAGUUGUUUCAAAACGAUCUCAAAAACGGUUUGAUCGGCACGCCUGAUAUCUGGCGCCCGAUCAACGCUAUCACGAGUGGCAUUAGCGCUGCCGAUACACGGAGAGAAAAUAAGAAGGGACAGUUGGAAGUAACCCUGCUGUACACCGCGAGUGAAGAUGGCCUUAACGAUAUUGUUCAGCUGACAGUCAACAGACUACGAUGUAGUGUGCUCACUAUGCAGGAGCAAGAACAAUAUAAAGCACCGUUGUACCUGAAAGCUACGAUAUUAGAGGCGAACAAGGCUGAGUGCUAUUGGAAAAGCGAUAGAUUUGUUCCCGCAAUAUCAGCCAGAUGGGACCCGAAAUCUGCUACUGUGAAACUGUCAGUUUUCAAAGCUAGUUUGAAUAAAGUCAGUAUUUAUAUCAGCCUGGGCUGUAAAACGAAGAUGGCGAAGAAAGAAAUCUUAGGGAAAGCGACGAUCGACGAGAAGUCCGCCUAUGCGGACAGCUGGAGCGAGUGCCUCCGCCAGCCGGGCAUCCCCAAAACUUUUUGGGUCAAUUUCGAAUAAUGAAUUCGAUUUUUGAAGAGCAACUAUGACGAAACUUAGAUUAGGUUGUACCCCUAAGACCAAAUUUGAUUGACAAAUCUUACGAAUGUUCUCAAAGGAAUUGAUACGCGCGUUGUGAAUAUUAUCUGUUAUAUCGGUUAUCUAUUUAAAUGACAAGUUUUAAUAUAGUUUUAAAUGAGUAUUAUAUUUUUGUAUCACAAAGCUUAUUUAAUAAUACACUCGAUUAAUAUUGU